AUGGCUAAUGCUUGGAUUCAGUGGUCCACGCUGCCAAAUAUGUCUAUCCCUGAAACAUGGACUGAUGGGUUUACCGGACAAGGAGUGACUGUGGCGGUCCUCGUAAAUUUUGGACAUGCAGAUUUGCGCAAAGCUGUCGACUCUCGGAUCUCAUACAAUUUUGUCGACGUUGGAGCAACUAUAAAACCAAAACCGGGCAAUGAUCAGACGCAUGGGACUCGUUGUGCUGGAAUCAUCGCCAUGACAGCUAACAACUCAAUGUGUGGUAUUGGAGUAGCGUACAAUGUCAAGUUGGGAGGACUGAAAAUGCUAGACGAAAGCCAGAUCCUGAAUGAUGCUAUUGAAGGAGAUUCACUUGCAUACAAGAGCGACCUGAUCGACAUCUACUCUGCAAGUUGGGGGCCAAGAGACGAUGGACGAUCAGCAGAGAGACCAGGAUCUCUAGCGCAAAAAGCGUUGGAUUACGGUGCAACACAUGCAAUUCUUCAGGGUCGUCAUGGAUUAGGCUCAAUCUAUGUUUGGGCGAGUGGUAAUGGCGGCAUGGAAGAUGAUGACUGCGCUAUGGAUGGGUACGCAAGUAACCUACAUACGAUUACUCUUGGUGUAGCAUCGUCACUAGGAACUCCUCCAUGGUAUGCAGAAGGCUGUAGCGCCGUCUUAGCGUCCGUAACUGAGGGCACUGAGGGCACGGAGGCAUCAACGGGGAUGGUGACUACCGAUGUUGGCAACAAAUGCGUGCGUUUCUCAGGUUCGUCUGCAGCAGCUCCUCUUGGGGCCGGUGUGAUAGCUCUCGCGCUCGAAGCAAAUCCGCUUUUGUCACAGAGAGACGUACAGCAUCUGAUCGUACGGAGCAGUGUCGAGCAGAGCUUGGUCAAGGCCUUUCCGAGCCAAUGGGUCAUCAACGGCGCAGGACUUCCUUUCUCAAGAUAUCUUGGUUACGGCGUACUGAAUGCACAAAAGUUGACCAAGGCAGCUAAGAAAUGGAAAAGAGUCGGACCAUUAUCGAGUUGUGCUAAGGAGAUUGCCGUCUCUAACGGGUUCGUUAGAAAUUUAUGAGU